AUGAUUAGAAAAACCUUCACUGAUAUUUUCCUGCCCUGGUCGUCCGUCUACUUGUUAUUCAGCGCAAGUCUCUUGAGCACAGAUUUGAAGUGUGCGGGGGGGAUGCUGGUGACGUCCACGGGCCCGCAGACCCUUCAGAAGGCCGAGGGAGAGAGGCUGACUUUGGGCUGCCGUUACACUCCGAGCCUCUCGGACACCGGAGAACUCGACAUCGAAUGGUCCGUGGUCAGUCCAGACACCACGCAGAAAGACCACAUGCUCCUGUCCUUCACCAGCGGCACCACAUACAUCCAUGGGGACAGCGCUCUUGGGAAAGGGUUCAGAUUUGCUGCUCCGGACCCCUCCAUGGGGGACGCCUCCAUGUCUAUCUCUCCGCUGUCCCCUGCCCACAGUGCUACCUACCAGUGUAAAGUGAAGAAGUCCCCUGGAGUGGACGCCAGGAAGGUGUCCCUGGUGGUCAUGGCCAAGCCGUCAGUGCCUCAGUGCUGGGUGGAGGGGGGGGAGCUGAUCGGGGGGGCUGUCUCUCUGCACUGCCAGUCUGCAGGAGGCUCCACUCCCUUACUGUACAGCUGGAGGAGAGAAAGCACCGGCCCCCUCCCCGCUGCAGCCACACAGGACGGCGUGAGUGGGGAGCUGAGAAUCAGAAACCACUCUGAGAGCUCCGCAGGAUUCUACCUUUGUGAAGUGAACAAUGCUGUAGGAGCCGCACACUGCCGGAUCAACCUGAAAGCCAACAAACCUCCAAACAGAGCAGCGGUGAUCGUCGGCAGCAUCGUGGGCUCUCUGCUCCUCAUCUUCCUCCUACUGGUCUUCAUCGGACUCAUAUUCUGGAAGCUGAGCAGCAGACGGGGAUUUGAGAAGGAAUUCUCCAACGACAUCAGGGAGGACGCUCCGCCUCCUGAGAGUCGCCCGGUCAGCCGCCGUACCAACAGGAGCUCCAGCCAGCCCACCCCCGCUUACCGUCAGGUGGGCUCUCCCAACGAUGGACACACACACUCUCCCUCCAGCCAGGGACACACACCGGACAAACACACACCAGAAUGUGACAGCAUGGACGGAUUCGCAGUGUGA